GUCUGUGCAGCAAUCGACCCAACUCUAGAAAUUCAUUAAAUAGCAGACUUUCUAGUUCACACAACUCAUUGAGUGUUUCAUCAGCAAAUAAGCCAGAUGAUUCCAUAUUUAUAACGCAGGCUAUGUCACACGACGCUUUACUAACAAGAGAAAUAUCCGAUUUCUACAACGUUCCAAUUGAUUCGGACAUCUAUGCUUUACCGGUGGAUAUGAUCAAGUCGGAAAAGGAAAGAUCGCAACAUCUGCAUAGGCACAGUUCCCACAACACUGGUGAAGCAAAUGGCCCGGAAUGCAAAGAUGUCAACAUAUUCAGCAGUUGCAGUAAACAUGCGUUUAUGAAAUGUCAACAUCAAUCAAAAUCUAACCGCAAACACAAAAAUAAGCGUAAGAAACGUUCCACUUCGAAUUGCCCCGAUAAUGGCGAAAACAGCGAUCGGGCUCCGAGUCAUAUUUCAACUAGCACGUCUUCGAGAUAUAAUUCAACUUUUGUCUCUACCUCGAGUAUACAGGAUGAUGGCAGUGCCAAUAAUACAGAGCCCCUACACAUGUCUCUGGAAGAGGUGAAACAAUUCUAUCAUACGCUCUACUCAGAAACCAAAGAUAACAAGUCGGACAGCGGAGCAGCAUCCGGCGGACCCCAAUUACAUUCUAAGGCGAAUAUUUCCAAUUCCACCUCUAAAGUUUCCAACGAUCCUGCUUGGAGUGGGUCUCGUGGUAGCAACCUAACGUUGGCGCAAAGUCGUAUUGAAAAAUCUCAUGGUUCGAAUGUUAAAAACAGUCUCAUUACACAGAAAAACUUUUCAUCCGAUUCCGAGACCCAUGCCAAUAACAACAAUAACAUUGUGAUUGCAAUCAAUAACCAAAACAACCAAAAACAGAAUAUUUCUCACCAAUCGCACAUCAACGCAUCCACUGAAAAGGAACAAACUACUGAAACUACACAAUCAAUUCUCAAGUCUAGCGUAAUAUCUUCCAACGAAAAAAAGUCUCAGUUUACCUUGAAUUUAAAGCAGCGGUUUUGUAGCAUUUUCCGUUUUCGAAAAAACAGUAGUAGAUAUAGUCAUAAAAGCGACGUCAAUGAACAUGACGAUCACACAGCAACCAAUGAAAAGGUUAGUGCAUCGAAAUCAAAUGAAGACAAGCGUAAAAAGUUUCAAUCGAGAGCUCUUCCACCCUUGCCUAAGAAAGAAUCGGGAGAGGAAAGCAGUAUCCAACAUGAAGAAAGUGCUAUUGGAAAAGACGAAAAGAAACCGGAAGCUAGAUCGUUUCAUUUCACUUCCAGUAUUGAAAAAGUUAAAGAUUAUGGGUGGUAUUGGGGCCCUUUGUCAAGUGAAGCAGCAGAAAAGGUUUUAUCCAAUGAACCUGAUGGAAGUUUCAUUGUCCGUGAUAGUUCCGACGACCAUUACAUCUUUUCGCUUAGUUUUAAACUAAACAAUUGUGUCCGUCAUGUUCGCAUUGAACAAGACCAAGGAACAUUUUCAUUUGGUUCGUAUGCGAAAUUCAAGUCGCAAACAAUUACAGAAUUUAUUGAGAAGGCAGUAGAGCAUUCACGUAGCGGCAGAUAUUUAUUCUUUUUACAUCGAAGACCCGAACAUGGUCCAAUGCGAGUGCAAUUGACAAAUCCAGUAUCUAGAUUUAAGCAUGUUCAAAGUUUGCAGCACAUGUGCAGAUUUGUUAUAUUAAAAGCUGUAAUAAGAAAGGAUUUAAUUCAAACAUUACCGUUACCAAGAAGACUUUUAGACUACCUGAAUUACAAACAUUGUUAUUCAGAGCAAAUUGAAAGUGACAGUUCCAAUUCACAGAUUUCUGGAGAAGGAUCUUUGUAGAUUUGUUUCUACUUUGUUGUUCAUUUCAGUUUUUAUAAAACAUACUAGUUAGUAUUACAGUGCAUAACUUACCAUUAACAUAAGUAUUAAAAUAAUCA